UCCAUGUUUGUUUCCACUCUGCGUCUGAGGAGGUGAGGAGGUGAGGGAAGGUGAAGAAGCGUCGGGGAGGAGCGGCGUCUCUCGGUCGACAUUUCGAUAAGAGAGGUUUGAAGCAAUGGGUGAGAAAAGAUUUGCCGUUCUUCUCUGCGCUGAUGAUUCGGAUUACGUGAAGAAGCUUUACGGAGGGUAUUUCGGAAUGUUUAUGGGGAUGUUGGGAGACGACGGAGAGACGUGGGACAGGUACAAGGUUUCCGGCGGCGAAUUCCCCGACGACGAGGAGCUGGAGUACUACGAUGGGUUCGUGAUCACCGGGAGCUGCAGUGACGCGCACAGCAAUGAUGUAUGGAUCGUCAAACUGAUCAAUCUCCUCAAGAAACUUGACUCCAUGAAGAAGAAGGUCCUCGGCAUUUGUUUUGGGCACCAGAUCCUAUGCCGCGCCUUGGGCGGAAAGACGGGUCGGGCGGUGUCGGGGUGGGACAUGGGAAUAAGAAGCGUAAACCUGGCUCCCUCCAAGCUAUUCUCCGCACUCAAGUUGCCUUCUCGCCUCCCCAUCAUCGAGUGCCACCGAGACGAGGUGUGGGAGCUGCCUCCUUACGCAGAGGUGAUGGCAUGGUCUGAUAAGACUCGCGUCGAGAUGUUCAGGUAUGGGGAUCACAUCAUGGGUAUUCAGGGCCACCCUGAAUACACCAAGGACGUUCUUCUCAACAUCGCCGACCGCCUCCUCCACCGCAAUCUCAUCCAGGAGUCCCAAGUCGAAGCGGCGAAGACGAGCGUCGAGCAGCGGGAGCCGGACAGAGAGGCGUGGAAGAGACUGUGUAAGACCUUCCUCAAGGGGAGUCGUCUAUUGGUAUACUAAUAACAACGUAGCAACUGUCAACUGAUGUUCCGUCUAUAAGGAAGAAUAACAAUUUGUUGAACGCUUGACAUCCAUUUAGAUUUUGUAAAUAUUCUCAUCAAGUUGUUCCUUUUGUUUUUUUUUUUUUUUUCUCGACGGAAAUGCUUUAGUCUUUAGAAGCAAGUUUGCGUGUUUUUUACAGGGUCGAUGAUUCGAUCUGGUUCCAGGCAAAAACAUAUUGGAAUUAGGUUGCUUAAAAAUCAGAGAAAAGGAAGAGUGGACUAAAACAGCGCAACCCACAAGUUAGCUUAUGGGUGACGUGGAUCCUCUUCUAAGUUUAAUUA